UCGACCAGUGGGGUCAGGACAAUUUGAUGCGAAAAAUGCGCAUGCUUAUUCUCUCAAUUCCUAACGUCUCUUCACCAUGAAGGCAGCCUCUAAAUGUUAGAGUUCACAUAUGGGGUGUCACCACUAACUAAUCCGGAGGUCUUAGACACAGGUUCAGAUGACUGGAUAGGGUCUUCGACAUGGGGAAAAGGCCUUUUAGGUGGUGGAAGUAUUCAUAGCACAAGGUUCCACAGUUCCGAACCCAACACAAUCACAGUCAAUCAAACCACUUACUUUCUUUAUGCCAUUCUGCAUUACUCAAGUUCUUUAGAGCACAAGAGCGAAGGAGGUCACAAUAAUGUUAGUAUUUCCAAGCCAGACUGCUAAGAAACACUACUUAAUGGGCACUAGUCCGAUUUUUUGGUGGUGGCUCUCUUUUUCUUUCAUUCAUCUUUUUUUCUUUUUUUUCAUUUCUUGAGAGAACCACCACCUAUGCACAUUUUUCAAACACAUGACCAACUUUUUAAGAACUACCUCCAACCCUCACAUUAUUUUUAGCAAAACAGCAGAGAACAUGCAAAAACCACUUCGUGCAACCUUCUAAGAGAUGCAAAAGGGUGAUUUUCCAUUACAACCCGAAAGAAAGAAAGUGACACGACUCAAAGGGGCCGACUAGGGGGUAAGACACACCAGGACAGUCAAUUUGGUCGUGGGCUAAUCCUAUGCCUCCAUCAUCUUAGCUAAUGACAACGUGAAUGCUACACAUCAUUGGAACUAUCGCACAAGAAAGAAACAAGUAGGCUUAAAUCUCACAUGGCUACCUAUUUGCUCUAUCUAUCAUUCUGAUUCCCUGAGCUAGAUGCAUAAACGACUUUCAAGAACAAGUGAUCACUCCAAGUCACAGUUGGUAAGAAAACAGUUGAAAAACUGAACCCCUACACAAUUCUACUGCACGUCUCAGUCAUCAUAAUAGGCUGUCCUAGUCACACUCCAGUUGUCAUUCAUUAAUUCGAAAGCCAUUCAAUUCAACAAUUAAAUCCACAGUGCCAAUAUGAUCAAGCAAACAGCAGUGAUUGGAGCCCUCAAAUCUCGAGAUUUGGACAGCGGACUAGGCCCCAAGCACCCAUAUAUAUGUUCCAAUGAAUACAAAGAACUCCCCUCCCCCCCCCCCACACACACACACUUAAAUGCGACAGUGUCCUCAAUGGAGCAGAGGGAAGGGGAACGAUGUUACCGUGAAAAAGUGGUCAAGAACGGUGAGUGUAGGGCGGACCAGUCAAUAGUAGAGGAUUGGACAAGGACCAGUCCAACAGGUACAGAGCUAGAGUCAUCAAAACACACACACAUUGGGUGAAAGAAACCAUAGUUCCAAGUCUACAAUCCAAAUAAACAGGACAAGAGAAAAGGAAACACAAUAUGGAGUCUUAGUCUGGAAAGAAAGACAAAUGCAGAGCCCAACUCGAUGGUUCAGCAGGCAGAGCCAGCUUAGUUCUCGUCACCACCGUCGCCAGCUGGAGGCGGGUAGAAAUCCUCAUGCCCCGGGGAAGCCUCCCAAGGGUAGCUAACACCAGCAGGGUCCAUGUCCCAGUAGCUCAUCAUGUAAUGCUGAGCCGAUAUGAUGCGGCGGCGACCUUCGCGCUCACGGUCGAGUCGGGCAUUGAUGUGCUCCUGGCCAGCAAGGAUCUGCUCGGUAUGGCGAGAAAUGGCUGCCAGCUGCUCAGCAAUGUACGAUGGAGGGGCAGCAGUAGACGGGCCGGCAGCAGAAGUGGACGCGCCAGCAGCAGAAGGUGUGGUCCGACGGGUGCUCCGACGGGGUCCACGUCGAGUGGCAUCAUCGCGAGGGGAUCAUCGCCCUCUAGUGCACGAGGAACAGGGCGAGGGGUGUCGGUGGCAGUAUGACUGAUAAAACGUUAAUUGCACAUGUUUUUUACCCUAUUCUUGAGCCGUUUGAGAUGUUGAUUCUCGUGUUUUAGGCCGAUUUCACGCUAGGUUGUGCUUGUUUGUGAUAUUUCAGGUCCUAGUACGUGAAUGAAGGUUUGGGAGCGAGUUCGGGGUCGAUUGGACGAAGAUCGGACGUGUGGCGAGUCGCUGAGGAAGCCACACGGGCAGCCAUAGAACCCACACUACCGUGUAGGGAAACAAUGUGGCCGUGUGGGAUUGUGCGAGCCUUCACACGGGCAGACUGGGCAUGCCACACGCCCUGUGUCCCUGGUCGUGUAGGUAGCCUGAAGUCCAAUUAUUUGAAACGCGGCGUUUUGACUCUCACACGGGCAUCUGGGUAAGCCACACGGCCGUGUGGCCUGCCCGUGUGAGUCGGGAAUUCUGGUUUUAACCCAAAUUCGAGCCACAAGUGAGGGAAUCGACUUUUGAGAGCAAAAACAUAGUUUUAGAGAGAGAAAGGGCAAAGAACAAACCCUAGGAGCUAUUUGCGUCCCCAGGAGUGAAGAUUGACAUCCCAGAGCAGAUUUUCCUCAUCUUUAUGAGUAUGACUACUCUUAUUUCUGUUUUCCUCUCUCUCUCUAUGGAGUAGAACCCUUCUCUCACUUGGGUAUGAAGAACCCUAGUUCCAUGUGUUAGGGAUUUGAUUGUAAUAACUUGGGAUGAUUAUACUGUUUGGUUUUAAUCGAAUGAUGCAUGUUUCAUUGAAUUGAUUGAAGUCUGAUCAGCUUUUCUGGAUUUCUGCUGCAACCUAAGAUAGAUAGAAUCUAAUUAGGUUGUUAGAGCCUCAUCAUUCGAUAGUAGUAGAUUGGCUAUACGAGAGUUAGCCAUUCUACUGCUUUGUACUGGAAUCCAAUUCCAGUAGUGGAGUUCUGUGCUUAUUGCUUCAGCUUUCUAUCCCGGUGAAGAUUAGUCGUCUGCCGGGUAGUUAUACUGAGAGGGCUUGGUCAGCUUAAGAGAUUCCAAGCUACUGUCGGAUCUUCCGCAGUCUAAUCAACAGUUAAUCAACCCAGGGAAAUUACAACUGAGACCUAACUAAGGAGCUAGGGGGACUUAUUCCCGAGUGACUCUUCCUUUGCUUGAGAAAAUAGAAUAAAUUCCUGCUUUCUUUCUGCUUUCAGUUAAGACCAAAUUCAAUCGACUUAGUUUGCUAGAUAAUAGAUAAUCACGGAGUAG